CUUGGGCAGAUCCAUAAGAAAGUAAGUGCCGGCUCUUUCAUCACCUCAUUUUUGUUGCUGCCAGAAGUUAACAUUGUUAGCUUAAUGUUCGUUCCGUUUGAAUGGCUUCAUUCCGAACUCAGCAACAGUUGUAGGUCCCUCUUGAGGGUGAAGCAGUUACAUGCAUUCCUUUUGAAGACCCAUCUCUCAGAAGACCCUUUUUACGCAACAAAAAUUGUCAGGCAGUAUGCAGUCAACAGCGACAUCAAAUCGGCCCAUCACGUGUUCGACAAAACUUCCAACCGAAGUGUCUAUCUUUGGAAUUCCAUGAUUCGAGCUUUCGCGCAGUCCCAAAGAUUUUUCAGUACAAUCUCUCUGUUUAGAACCAUGCUUGGGGCUGACAUAAGUCCUGAUGGUCACACUUAUGCUUGUGUUAUACGUGCGUGUGCUGACAACUUUGAUUACGGUACGCUAAGGCGUGUUCAUGGAGGUGCUGUGGCUGCAGGAUUAGGAUUGGACCCUGUUUGUUGCAGUGCCCUUGUGACUGCUUAUUCAAAACUCGGCCUUGUUCAUGAAGCGCGUAGAGUGUUCAAUAGGAUCACCGAACCAGAUAUAGUUUUAUGGAAUUCGUUGAUUUCUGGCUGUGGGAGCUCUGGUCUUUGGGAUGUUGGGAUGCAGCUGUUUAGUGCGAUGAAACUUGUCGGGAAGAAGCCUGAUGGGUAUACCCUGGCUGGGUUGCUUGUGGGUGUUGUAGAUUCUGGGAUGCUGAGCAUUGGCCAAGGAUUACAUUGUUUAAGUCAAAAGAGUGGGCUUGAUUCUGACUCUCAUGUUAGUAGUUUGCUGGUGAGUUUGUACUCGAGAUGUAAGUGCAUGGAUUAUGCAUAUAGAGUCUUUUGCAGUAUUUUGAAUCCUGAUUUGGUCACAUGGUCUGCUCUUAUUAUGGGGUAUUCUCAGGCUGGGGUGUAUGAGAAGGUGCUGUACCUUUUUAGGAAAUUAAACAUGGAAGACAGGAAGGCAGAUGCUGUCUUGGUUGCCAGUGUAUUGGCUUCUAUUGCUCGUACGACAAAUGUAGGACUUGGGUGCGAGGUACAUGGUUAUGCUCUUCGGCAUCGAUUGGAACUAGAUGUCAGGGUCUCCUCUGCUCUAAUAGAUAUGUAUUCAAAGUGUGGUUGCUUGCAGUUGGGAAUUAGUGUUUUCAGGAUAAUGCCAGUGAGGAAUGUUGUUUCUUAUAAUUCUGUAAUUUUGGGUUUUGGCUUGCAUGGAUAUGCUUCUGAGGCUUUUAAGGUAUUUGAUAAGAUGCUGGAGAAAGGAUUGGUACCUGAUGAAGCCACAUUCUCUUCUCUCCUUUCUACCUGUUGUCAUGCUGGCCUCGUCAAAGAUGGUCGGGAGAUUUUCCGGAGAAUGAAGGAGGAAUUUAGCAUCAGAGCUAGGGCUGAACACUAUGUUUACAUGGUGAAGCUCCUUGGCAGUUCUGGGGAGUUGGAAGAGGCUUACAGUCUGAUCCAGUCUUUACCAGAACCUGUAGACAAGGCCAUCCUGGGAGCCUUAUUAUCUUGCUGUAAUUCUUGCGGAAAUUCUGAGCUGGCAGAAACUUUAGCGCAGCAGCUUUUGGCAAAUAAUCCUGCCAAUAAUGUAUACAGGGUUAUGCUUUCUAAUAUAUAUGCGGGUGAUGGUAGGUGGGAUGAUGUUAAGAGAUUGAGGGAUAAAAUAACAGGAGGUAUGAGAAAAAUGCCCGGACUAAGCUGGAUCGAAAGCAGUUAGCCAGCUGCCGCUCUUGCCAGAAACAGAGAGGAUUCUCCAAAAGGUAUUAGAAUGUU